AUGAUUGUACGUUGCAUGCUGCUACUCUGGUUAAUCGCCCUGGCGUUGACAAGCAUGCCAGUUAUGGGUUUCGGUGUGUACUACAAAGGUGAACGAUGUAUUCGAUACCGAGAAGCCACCGAGCCAGCUGAUGUCGCCUACGCGUACGUUUGGUUCGUUUUCGGUGACAUCAAGCGCACAUCCAUCUUAAUCGAGUGUCGAAUCUUCGUGAACAGGCACGGGCCUCUGUCUGUCGAUCGUUUGGUGCAACCUGGCGGUUUCCAGGGCGCUCAGCAAACUGAAUUGCAGAGCCGGGGUACUCCGGCGAGUAACGAGAUCAUCGUCAAGAGCGAAACCGCUAUUGACAGUGACAGGGCCAACGCCAGAAAUCGUCACCACCGUGGAGGAGAGGGCAUUCGCGAGAUUGAUGGCCGUACUAUCAAUAUCAUUUCCAUCCCAUUGGCGCAGUUCGCGAUGCAGCUACCUCAGAAGGCGAUAUUCGCGCGUAAACUGAUUCGUAUGUUUCACUUGGCGGCCGACGUGCUACUUUGUAUUCACUUCACCCUGGAUCCGUACAUCUACGUACUGCUGAGGAUGCCACGGCCGAGAUUCCGCCUUCUGAAACCCCUGUGCAAGAUCUGUUGGCCAGCUAGAAGCCGGUCGAGUUCGUUCAAUGGUACCACAGACCACCAGGGCAGCAGUGGUGAUCCGUCGACCCCGAUCACCGAGGCACCCUCCAUGCCGGUCAACGAGGAACACGAUCCUCAUUUAGUGUCGGCGUCGGUCUGA